AUGUCUGCUCUCAGGUUCACCGCCUUCGCCCUGCUGUUGUUGUCUGCCGGCUGCUGGGCCGAAGAUCACAAUAUGGGAGAAGAGGAUGACUCAGGGGAACUUUCUGUCUCUGACCUUCUGGAGAGAGCCAACAGUAAUCUCAUCCCGUCUGUGGAUGAGCCCAUCCUGAUUGGAGGAGACAUUGCUGUUGACAGCGAGAGUGAGAAAAAUGCAGAUCCCUGCACGUCCCGAGGCUGCAUGUGGGGGAAGUGGACGGAUGGGAAGGUUUACAUCCCCUACUACAUCACCAACCACUUCUCCUCCCGUGAGAAGGCCAUCAUCACCCGCGGCCUGGAGUCCUUCUCCUCCGUCUCCUGCAUCCGCUUCAGGCCCAGCCGCAGCUCCGACCGCGACUGGCUGAGCAUCGAGUCCCAGAAUGGGUGCUACUCGUACGUUGGCCGUCGCGGUGGGAAGCAGGUUGUGUCUCUGGCCCGUCGUGGUUGCCUUUACCACGGCACCGUCCAGCACGAGCUGCUCCACGCUCUGGGCUUCAACCACGAGCAGACCCGCUCCGACAGGGACAGCCAUAUCAGGGUCCUGCUGGAGAACGUCCAGUCUGGCAAGGAGCACAACUUCAGGAAGAUUGCCACCCUGAACCAGGGCACUCCCUACGAUUACAACUCUGUCAUGCAGUACCGCAGAACUGCCUUCUCUAAGAACAACAAGCCCACCAUGGUCCCCAUCCCCAACCCCAACGUGUCUUUUGGCAACGCCAAGGAGAUGAGCCGCAACGACAUCGCCCGGCUCAACACGCUCUACAAAUGCUGUGAGUUCACAAACCCUGCCACAGGCCUAGACACUCCCCGUCAUCCUCACGUCCUGAUGCAGCUCACAAGGACGUCCAUUCAGCUGCUCCACACAGGAGGAUGA